AUGACAAGAUCAGUUGGCCCUGAGUCCUUGUUGGGUCUCAGGAAUGGGAAUCUCUUGGAUUCUCAGUUCCUGUUUCCUUGGACUGAGCUGGAGGACGCAAUAGACCGGUGGCGAGCUGACACGAAGGACAAGUUGGUGCACCAGGCUGUGUCCAAGUCAGAGUCUCGUUCUUGGAGACGUCCCCCUCCUCCUCCUCCUCCUGUUCAGCAGCAAAUGCAGAAAUUGUUGCCUAGUUUGGGGGAGACCUAUGCUGGACCUCUUUGCGACCCAGUUCAACAAGAAACUGGAGAUAUUCUGUUUGGUGGCUCCAGAUCUGGCAUUAGUGGAGGAUGUGUUCCAACAUCCCUUGGACAACCUGGAGAUGUACGCCUUCCCUCUGUUUUGUUUGAUCUGCCAAGUGCUGAACAGGACGAUGAGCUCACAGAAUCUCAGGAUGACAGUAGCUCCUCUGUGGCUGCAGGCGGAAUGGUUUCCGGAUCUUCUGUCAUUGUUGUUGGAGGUGCCGAGGGAGAUUCCCCUGUGGCAGCUGUCAAGUAUCUCCUCCGAGCAAGAGGCUUUUCUCAGAAGACAGCAGGACAUUUUUUCCAGCAAUCUCAUACAGAUGAUAUCCUUCAUCACAUGGGUAUAACCUCCAAAGUAAAGAGACCCUUGGCAUCAAAAUUUGCUUUUGAUCUUGACGAAGAUGUCGGCAAGGCUAUGGAAUCUGGAUCCCUAAAAGCACGUCACCAUCCAGGCCAACAGACUGUGAAAUGUGUUUCACUUCCAUCCGAAUUACUGAAAGCAAUGUCUCAUGUUCUUGCAGAUUAUCCAGGAAAACUGCUUGAAUUUGAUGCUGCAAAACUAUCGAGAUACAUUUGGUCUCGUCAGCUUCCGUUAGAAGGUAUCGAAUAUGAUGAAAAAUUAAAACAGGUUAAAGAAAUGGUAAUCAGUCAAGAGAAAAUUGAUCCAUUGUCACCAGAAAUAUCCCCAGAAGAAAGAAAGCAAUUACUAGAUGUUCGGCAAUCAAAAAUAAAUCAUAAAAUGAAAACUGGAGUAUACAGUUGGAAAGCUAUCAAUUAUAAUAAUUACAAUUCAGCGUUAUACCUUGUGAAUCGAUUUUGCCCAGACUAUGCUGCACUGUUGAAAGUGUUUACAGAGAUUAGGAAGAGAGAUCCUCAGUUUUCUCCAGUGACUAUGUUUGAUUUUGGAUCAGGAGUUGGAACAGGCACCUGGGCAAUGGAUAGUAUUUGGCCACGAUCUUGUAAAGAAGUUGUUUGUAUUGAUGCCAGUGAAGAAAUUAACACACUGGCAGAUAGAUUGUUGCGAGGAGGAAAUAUCACAGAUGAACGUCAGAUUCGACCAGGAGGAACUUUCUUCAAACAGUAUCUACCAAUGUCUGAUGUACUUAAGUAUGAUUUAGUCCUUGCAUCUCGGUCAUUGUUUGAGCUUCCAAAUAUGGAAUCUCGUCUGAGAACUUUAGACGUAUUAUGGCGAAAAACUGAAGGUUACCUUGUUGUUAUAGAAGCUGGAACAAAUGCUGGUUAUAAAGCAGUUCUUGAAGCACGAGACUACAUUCUUCAGUUGGGCAAAGGUGCUGAAGAAGAAUCGAAUAACUUGCAAGGUCAUGUGUUUGCCCCCUGCCCCCAUGAAGAAUUUUGCCCUAGAUAUCUAGAUGGCACAUAUAUCCCAUGUAAUUUCGAAGUCCCCUAUAAACCACUUAAUUUUUCUAAAAAUGUAGAUGUUUCAAAAGAAAUAUUUAGCUAUGUAGUGUUAAAAAAAGGAAAAAGUGAAGAUACAAAAAAUUAUCCUCGUUUGGUAAAAGAUCCCAUGUUACGGAAAAAGCACAUUAUUUGCAAGGUUUGCACAAAGCAUGGUACCCUCAAAGAGUUGGUUGCCACAAAGAAGAAACACAGUAAAGAGUGUUACAAUGUAAUGAAACACUCAAAACUAGGUGAUUUGCUACCAAUAAUGAUAUCAGACUUUGAAAAUGCCUGUUCAACACCAAAUGAUGUUAGUGAUGACUCAGACUUGUCAGAUGAUGAUAAAUGUGAAGUAAAAGUGUGAGGAUGGCUAUAGUUUAUUAGUUAUUAGUGAUGACCCAGACUUGUCAGAUGAUGAUAAAUGUGAAGUAAAAGUGUGAGGAUGGCUACAGUUUAGCAGUUAUCAGAUUGUAAAUUUUGAUAAAAAUGGGAUUAUCUAAUUUUGUCCCUCUUCUAAUUUUCUCCCUCCUACUAUCUUCCCACAAAUGUUUGAAAUAUAUCAAUUCUUCUAUAGCCUCCUCAAUACUUUGAACUUCUGCUUUAAUGGUAGAUUUUGCUACUCCUGGAUUUUCUGGACUUCCAUCAUAUGGGACUUCUCUUACCAUCUGUCAAGAAUAUAAUAUAACCCAAUUGAGUAUGGUCAUUUAUAUUCCCAAAUGAAGCAUCUGCAUAUGCUUCCCAAUAAAUCUUUUCUUCUUCCGGCUCGCUUAUUGUAACUUCUUCCAUUAUGUUCUUAGUUUUUAUCACAAUUUUGAUAAGCUGCUUCUUAUCUUAAGUCAUUCCUUCUUUAAAGGCUUUACUUAAUUCACUAACAUCGUUUGAUAUUUUGGGCAUGGUAUGUACUGAUAUCCAAUUCAGCUGUCUUACCACUGAUCUAUACUCUGUUAAUUCCUUUUGUCCUAACACACUAUUACCUGUAAAUCUUCUAGCUUCUGGUUCUCUUAUAGAAUUUAUAUACUGCCACUGAUUAAGACAAAAUCUAUUCUCCUUCUGCUGUACUAUUACUCCUAUAUACUACUUCUACUUGCAAUUUCCCUUUCAAUUCCCCAAUGAUUUCCUUUAAAAAUCCUUCAGUUCCUCCAUAGCAGAAUUCGUCUACAUGUGUACACAAAAUAUCUGUCAAUUGUUCCGAUACGUAAUACAAACCAUCGGUCCUUUAACAAUAGGAAGUAGCUAGCGGCAGCUGGAACGGUCGUAAGCUUCGAACAAGGGGAGAACGGUAGUUAACUGGCGCGCGACUGGGAGGUAAACAAAUCACUUUUGCUUUCGGCCGCGGCUGUGAAGGACGUGUUCGUCAUCGCUCUCUGCCCGCUUCAUCGUCGUAUGCUUUGUUUAUAUUGUGUUUUCUACUAAUGGUUUGUUUGACUUGAAAAUGAAACUGUAAGUACACUGUUUUCAUUUUCAUUACUUAAUUAUGAACCAACAUGGAGCUAUCGCCGUAGAUGCGGCGAUUUCCUCUCUUUUCAUGAAUUGAACCCUUGAAUUAUGUCUCGGUGCCGAGGGCGGGCGCGCUCGCGCCGAGUCAUGUAUUUUGGGCGAAAGUGUGUAAUUGAAAGAUGUAAGUACUCUUUUCAUUAUAUUUUUGCCCUGUGCGUUCGUUACCGAGAGUGUGAUUGCGCUCGGCACGAGCCUUUUAUUUUGUAUAAUAGAAUGCAAUGAAAGUGGAUUCGCAAUUGCAAUAUUCUUUUCAUUUUCAUUUAUUUAUUUGCAUGAAAUUUAAUUUGGAUCAAUUUUCGUUCUUACCCGGGAAUUGAUCCUUACGAUUAUUUUAUGUGAAAGUGAAAUCGCAAGUGCAGUAUUCUGUUUCAUUUUCAUAUAUAUUUUAUGAUAGCAUCAUAUUAUUUGGAUCAAGUUUCCGUUCUUACCCGGGAAUUGAUCUUUCCCCUUUAAGUUCUAUGAAGUGAAUCGCAAGGGCAGUAUUCUGUUUCAUUUUCAUAUUACUUUUCACUGCUGUGCGGGGGUAGGGGAAGCGAAGGUCUGCCAGGAAGUCGUCGGAAAGCUCUCCCGCGACUCCCUUGGUAUCCGAUUCUUCGUCUUCCUUCCUGCCCCCCGCUCAGCUUCUUCGUUGUAUUUUGUAUUUGGGGUCUUCCUUGCGUUCGGGGUGGGGCAUGUCUUCCCCCCGUGCGUGAGGGAACCCCUCUUACUAAUCUAUCUAUGUUACCGCAGGUGCUACAUCCGUGGGAGACGACCUUGGACAGGUAUGGACCAGCGGCGGCAGGGCGUGCCUAGCAUCCACGGGCUGCUGCAGCGUCUAGCGAGGUCUGGGGCGGUCUCCACUACUACCACGGCCGCUUAUGCUGCUCCCCCCCCUCCUGGUCUACACUCCCCAUGCUGUGUCGGUGACGCCGUCUGCCACUACUAGGGCCGCCGCCGUACCGAGGUGGGGUUGCCGCCGCCACCUGUUUUCUUCGUGUUGCCUGCCCCAGACUUCCGCUGUUCCAGCAGCUCGCCUCUGGACCGGCCGCCAGUACCCAGGUUCCGCUGGCUGCCGAUGAUUCUACGAGGCGAUCGCUGGGCCUGCCGUACCUGCCGCUGAUGUGAUUCCCGCUGUUGGCUUGGCUGUCCCUUCUGGGUCUACCGCUGCCGCUGUUCCUGCCGCUCCUGAGCUGGUUGCUGUUCCUGUCGCUCCUGGUUCCUGAGCCUGUCCAUGCUGGUCCUGCCCACGGUGUGUCUUCCCCAGUCCCAGGUCCUUCCGGACAGGUGCAGUCGGGCCGUGUUGCUUCGGCAAUAGCCCCGGCUCCGGCCUGGAUGGAGGACCUGACGACUGUCCUGCGUGAGCUGACGAGGAAGAGGAGAAGAGGAAGCUGUCAUCUUCGUCUUCAU